CUUUCAAUGUCCACUUCCCUCCUUACACCGAAGAGGCUGCUUGUUUCUUCUACCUUCCACUCCCAAAUACGAUGCUACGCUCGAAAAGAGUCCGGGAUGGACCCUAAAAAAGAGACCAUUCGUCGUUCUCUCUAUCCCAGCAACAUUCGCAAUAAGGCGACACCUACUGGGACUUGGCGGCCAGAUGUGGAAAAAGCUCUUCAGCACGCUAUUCCUUCGGUACAAGCUCAUGAUACCAUAGAGCGUGCGUGGCUACUUUACAAGCGGCAUAUUCGGAAAAGAAGGGAGGCAGAGACGGAGAGGAAGUUUGAGUGCAUGAGGAAAGCUAUGGACGAAUUGGCGAGCAUCGACAGUCACUUGUAUAUGGAGGCCAACAAGCCAGAAAACCCCAGAGCUCGAAGUCCUGAAGAAUCCAACUUAUUGAAGACGAUGAAGGCUUCGGAAGCCAGAGCAUUUGAUGCUCGCGUUCGCGGUCUGUUCCCUCGCGAACUACGGGUACCUACUGAUACACCAUCUCGAGCUGGAUGGAAAUAUGAUUGGAAACCUUUCUACAGGCCAUUAUAA